AUGCGCUCUCAAGUCCCGACUUCGACGCUCAGCACUAUGCUCCUUCUCGUACUGAAGGGUGUUUUUCUCUAUGCCGUGUCGUGGGUCUUAUGGAGAAGGUACCGCGAUUUUUUCGUGAAAUCGCCUCUGGACAACAUUUCCUGGCCCAGCUCCCAAGUCGUUUUGGAAAGGUGCGUUGUCGUCAACAUUCCUGGCUUGAUUUCCUCUUACCUUGGGUUAUGCAACAUAAGUGUUAUCAAUAUCAAGGCGCUGUUCGGGGACAACCAGCUCUAUUUCUUCGACCCAAAAGCUAUGCAUCACAUCGUAGUGAAGGACCAAUAUUCUUACGAAGAAACUGCUGCAUUCAUCGAAGGAAAUAGUUUGAUGUUCGGUGAUGGCCUAUUAGGCACGAUGGGCGAACAACAUCGUAAACAAAGGAAAAUGCUCAAUCCUGUUUUUUCGAUCGCUCAUAUGCGCGAGAUGAGUAUGUCCGACCUUUUAAAGAAUCAGACAUCGGCUUCGAGACGCUUUUCUGAAGAAAGUCGAGAGCGGACCGCAAGAGAUUUUGACUGA